CUCCCCAGGAGCCGGAGCAGAGCACGCACGCCCACGGGAUCCCGGCCCCCCAUUUCUCGCCCCACGCCACCAAUUCCGCCCGCCCGGAGACACGCCGGCGGCGAGAUCCAUGGGCUCCGUGGCGGCGGACGCGCCGGAGGCGCCGGUGGCGACGGAGACGGUGUUCCGGUCCAGGCUCCCGGACAUCGAGAUCCCGGCCCACCUCACGCUCCAGGACUACUGCUUCGAGCGGUUGCCGGAGGUGGCCGCCCGGCCCUGCCUCAUCGACGGGCAGACGGGCGCCGUGCACACCUACGCGGAGGUCGAGCAGCUCUCCCGGCGGUGCGCGGCGGGGCUGCGCCGGCUGGGCGUGGGGAAGGGCGACGUGGUCAUGAACCUGCUCCGCAACUGCCCCGAGUUCGCCUUCGUGUUCCUCGGCGCGGCCCGGCUCGGCGCCGCCACCACCACGGCCAACCCGUUCUGCACGCCGCACGAGAUCCACCGCCAGGCCUCCGCGGCCGGGGCGCGGCUGAUCGUCACCGAGGCCUGCGCCGUCGACAAGGUGCGCGCCUUCGCCGCCGAGCGCGGGAUCCCCGUGGUCACCGUCGACGGGCCGGCCUCCGGCGACGGCGGCUGCCUCGCGUUCGACGACGCGCUGCUGCCCGCGGAGCCGCUCGCCGCCGACGAGCUGGUCGACCCCGACGACGUGGUGGCCCUCCCCUACUCGUCCGGCACCACGGGGCUCCCCAAGGGCGUCAUGCUCACCCAUCGCAGCCUCGUCACCAGCGUCGCGCAGCAGGUGGACGGGGAGAACCCGAACUUGUACUUCGGCGAAGACGACGUGCUGCUGUGCGUGCUGCCGCUGUUCCACAUCUACUCGCUCAACUCGGUGCUGCUGGCGGGGCUGCGCGCCGGGUGCGCGAUCGUGAUCAUGCGCAAGUUCGACCACGGCGCGCUGGUGAGCCUGGUGCGCGCGCACGCGGUCACCGUGGCGCCCUUCGUGCCGCCCAUCGUCGUCGAGAUCGCCAAGAGCGACCGCGUCACCGCCGCCGACCUCGCGUCCAUCCGCAUGGUCAUGUCCGGCGCCGCGCCCAUGGGCAAGGACCUCCAGGACGCCUUCAUGGCCAAGAUCCCCAACGCCGUGCUCGGACAGGGGUACGGGAUGACGGAGGCUGGGCCGGUGCUGUCCAUGUGCCUGGCGUUCGCCAAGGAGCCGUUCGGGGUCAAGUCGGGGUCGUGCGGCACGGUGGUGCGCAACGCGGAGCUCAAGAUCGUGGACCCCGACACCGGCGCCUCCCUCGGCCGCAACCUGCCGGGGGAGAUCUGCAUCCGCGGCAACCAGAUCAUGAAAGGUUAUCUAAAUGAUCCGGAGGCCACAAAGAACACCAUUGACAAGGACGGUUGGCUGCACACUGGAGACAUUGGCUAUGUCGAUGAUGACGACGAGAUCUUCAUUGUCGACAGGCUCAAGGAGAUAAUCAAAUACAAGGGAUUCCAAGUACCUCCUGCGGAACUCGAAGCCCUUCUCAUUACACACGCUGAAAUCAAAGAUGCUGCUGUUGUAUCGAUGCAAGAUGAACUUACUGGUGAAGUUCCAGUUGCAUUCAUUGUGCGGAUUGAAGGAUCUGAGAUCAGCGAGAGUGAGAUCAAGCAGUUCGUUGCAAAAGAGGUUGUUUUCUACAAGAGGAUCCACAAAGUUUUCUUCGCAGACUCGGUUCCGAAGAGUCCUGCCGGCAAGAUCCUCAGGAAGGACCUGAGAGCAAAGCUUGCUGCAGGCUUCCCAGGCAGUGGAAGCACACAGUCCAAAAGCUGAGUCCCAUCUUACACACACACACACACACACACCUCUGUCCAAAAUCAUGUAAUGUUCUCAAUGAAAUGGCAAUAAUAUUAUUAUUACAUAUAGAAGGGCUGGCUGGCACAUGGUCGUCGAUUCUUUCAGUUAGAUGGCUAAGUUAUAUGAUUUGUUUGUUCGCUCGUUCGAUGAUGUGUAUCCUGUCAUGUAUAGAUACCAAACUCUUUUUGACAACAAAGGCUGAUUAUAAUAUAAUGUAUACUGCUUAUGAUUUA